CUCUUCACCAUGGUGCGAAAAAUGUUUACAGAUGGCGCUUCACAGUCGUAAAUUCCACAGUUGGAAUUGAAACGGAACUCUCUAUUUCUACAUUCCAGUUUUGAAUACUGUAGUGCACAAUCGCUCACCAGCCGAAAUGAGUUUUAAAGAUUUAAGAAAUUUUACAGAAAUGAUGAGGGCCUUGGGUUUCCCUCGACUGAUAUCCAUGGAAAACUUCAGGACACCUAACUUUAAAUUGGUGUAUGAAUGCCUAAAAUGGCUGAUGAAAAGGUAUGAUCCUAAUGCUGAUGUACAUCCAGACAUUGAUACAGAACAGGAUCGUGUGAUCUUCAUCAAAACUGUUGCAGAGUUUAUGGCAACAAAGGCUCACAUAAAGCUCAAUACAAAGAAGUUGUAUGGUGCAGAUGGCUAUGCUGUGAAGGAAAUGUUGAAAAUAACUUCUAUGCUGUACAGUGCAACCAAAACAAAUGUUGCUGGGUCUUUGGAAGCGGGCGCAGGAGAUGCUUCUAGUGUUUCUUUUGACGUGUCCUCAAGGAUAAAUGAGUUGAAAGAAGCCAGAAGGUUAGCCUCUGAAAUUACAGUGAAAGGUGCUCAGCUGUAUGAUCUCCUUGGCAAGGAAGUGGACUUGAGGGAGCAGCGUACCAUGGUUGUGGCAAGAGCACUAGAAAUCAAUGAAGUUGAACAUGGGUUGCAAGCUUCUAUAGAAGCAGUUCAGAAUGAAAUCCAGAAAACAGUCACCAUGUUGGACAAUGUUGCUUCAGAUGAAGCAAAUCUUGAGGCUAAGAUUGAGAAAAGGAAAAGCGAGUUGGAAAGAAAUAACAAGAGAUUACAGACUUUACAAAGUGUCAGACCUGCGUACAUGGAUGAGUAUGAAAGACUGGAAGAAGACUUACAGAAGCUUUAUGAUUCAUACAUGAUCAAGUUCCGUAACUUAGCCUUCCUUGAAACCCAACUGGAGGAACAAAAUAGAGUGGAAGCUGACAAGUUAGAGGAAACUGAACAGCAACUCAAAGUGAUGGCUGAGAAGAUCAGAACUGAGGAGAGGAAGCAUCAGCAAAUUUCACCUGAAGAUGAUGAUGACAAAAAUAUUAUUGAUGAUGAUGAUGAAAACGAUUCAGAUGACAUGGGUGCACCGAAUCGUAUGUCUAAUCGCGUCAGGCCUGAAGCUGCAGGACAGCAAAGGGGUGGCAACAGAGUGACGGGGACUAUGAACCCAGACAUCAGUGAGGACAGUGGAUCAGAAGGAUCAGGAGAUUCAGACAUCGAUUUGGAUGAUGAUGAUGACGAUGAUGAUGACGACGAUGACAUUCAAGGCAUGGGACAAGGAAUGGGGCAAGGAAUACCUCAACCAAGAGGGCGGAAUCAACCUCCACAGGAUGAUUUAGAUGACAGCGACUUUUAGAAUUGCAAAUGGGUCUGGGAAUUAGAUCUCUUAAAAGGAUUAAGGUAGUCUUCGUUCAAAAUUGAAUAAAUUAGCAACACCAUGAUA